CGAAAGUCGUUACGAAGCAUCGCUUCAAGUUUAAAAAAUUAUUCAAUUUUUGAAUUCACACUUUUGUGCCAAGAAAAUAGAAAUUAAGAACAUUCAUUGGUAAUUGAUCUUUGUUAAAAUAUCAAGAUGUCUGCAACAGCGACCAAAAAUUCAAUCACAUUGAAAGGAUCAGCAGCUAUUAUAAAAGAAUACUUAAAUUAUGGAGUCAAUUCUAUUCUUUUUCAAAGAGGCAUAUAUCCAGCAGAGAAUUUCACUCCAGUCCAACAAUAUGGCCUUACAAUUCUUAUGUCAAAAGAUGAGAAAAUCAAAGAAUUUUUAAGUAACGUUCUAACUCAGGCUGAAGAGUGGUUAGCAACAAAUAAAGUAGAAAAGUUUUCAAUGACAAUUUCUAACGUUCAAACACGUGAAGUUCUUGAAUGUUGGGACUUCAAAGUCGAAUCUGAGUUGAUGGAUCAAAAUCAGGACCCAAACAAAAUCGAUCCGAAUAAUCCUGUUUCUUCAAAAGAACUUAAGAAAAUUCAAACUGAAAUAGGAGCAGUCAUGAGACAAAUUGCGGCUACUGUUAGCUACUUACCAUUAAUCGAGAGCGUCUGUAGCUUUGAUUUGCUCAUUCAUACCCUGAAGGAUACAAACAUUCCCGAAAAUUGGGAUGAAACUGAUAAGAACGCUUUAGCUAUCAAAAAUAGUCAAGUUGUUCAUCUUAAAUCAUUUUCGACAGGUUUACAAAAGGUUGAAACUGUCGUUUCUUACAAAAUGGUUGAAGAUUAACUAUUUAUUACAAAUCAAGAAUUUACUCGAAUUAAUUAAGAAUUUAAAAACCAAGUUUGAAUUUUUUUGCUAACUUCUUUUAAUACAAAAUAAUGAUUGAUCCAGCCUGAAUUUCAAGCUCAAUAAAACAAUCAUCUUAAGUGAAUAAAUUAACUUUUAUUUUUCCAAAUAUCCCAUUAGAUAGCCUAAUAUGAAUGAAAUAUAGAAAUGUUGUGCUGCAGAUAUUCUGAAGGCGAAUAAUAAUUGUAAUAAUGAAC